GGUUUGAUUUUGGCACCAUUUGUAGGAGUUAAUCAUCAUCAUCAGACAAUUCUUUUUGGUUGUGGGUUUCUUAGUGAUGAGAAAACUGAAUCUUUUGUUUGGUUGCUUACAAAGUUCUUAGAAGCCAUGCAUAAAGGUGCACCAAAUAUUAUCAUCACUGAUCAAGAUCCUGCAAUGACAAAAGCUAUUGCACAGGUUUUGCCUCAAACAGUGCAUCGAUAUUGUUUAUGGCACAUAUUGAACAAAUUUCCAGAAAAAUUAGACCCUUUGACUUUUCAAAACCAUUAUCACAACAUAAAGAACAUCAUUGCAAAUUCUACAUCACCUGAUGAUUUUGAGAAGUCAUGGGAAGAGACUAUCAAGGAAGCUAACUUAGAGAAGAAUGAUUGGUUGUCCUUGAUGUAUGAAUUAUGACACAGAUGGGUGCCAGCAUAUUUUAGUCAUGUAUUUUCUGCAGGAAUGUCAAGUAGCCAAAGAUCUGAAGGAUCACAUGCAUUUUUCAAGAAAUAUAUUUCAAAUAAGAACUCAUUAAUGGAUUUUAUCACACGUUUUAAUAGAGCACUGAGACACCAAAGACACAACGAGUUAGUUGCGGACCAUAUUGACAUGAAUGAGAAUCCCAAAGUUAAUACAACCUGGCCAAUGGAAAGUCAAAUGGUUAAGCUGUACACAAAAAAGAAAUGGCUGGAGUUUCAAAGUGAAAUGAUCGAGAGUCAUAGUUAUUAUGUGCAACAGACAUUUACAGAAGUUGCCUCAACGGUUUACCACGUGAUGAAAUUUCAAAGUUCCUCUUCCUCAAAACCAAGAGUGCUCAUGCAUGACAAACAAAGGGAUUACAUAUCGUGUAGCUGCAGAAAAUUUGAGUUUGAGGGCAUUCCAUGUAGACAUAUGUUAGCUUUUUUUCGUAUCAACCAAGUGUUUCAUUUGCCUGAUACGUAUAUACUCAAACGAUGGACACGGGAUGCAAAAGUUGGAGCAAUAUAUGCUUUAGGGGAACAAAAUGUCAUUGAUGAUCCAAAUUCAGAAAAGUAUUUGAUGUCCAGGCACUCGAGGUUAUCCUAUAAAGCUUCAGUGUUAGUUGAUGAUGCAUCUUUGAGUAAUGAGAGGAUAACCUUCUUGGAUGAACAAUUCGAUUGUAUCUACAAAAAAAUUCAAGAGAUGUCCAUUAGUACAACAUGCAGUGAUAGAAGUCAAAGGAAAAAAUCCAUUGAUGAGACCCUUGGUAUUAUUGAUCCUUUUGUAGUAAGAACUAAGGGAUGUGGAAAGAGAUUAAAAUCAUCAAAGGAUAAAUCAACAUCAAAUUCUAGACUUUGUCAUGGAUGCGGACAUCGAGGAGUGUCACAUGACAAGCGUAAUUGCCCCAAUUUGCAACAAGGAGUGUCAAGUAUCAGAUCAAAUGAAGAUAAUCAUCAUAUUAGUCUUGACGACACAUAUGAACCGAAUUUGGGAUCUAUAGCGGGUUCUAAUAACAUGCGCUAGGAUGUUGUAGUUAUCUAUGUGCAUUUCCUAUGUGUAUCAACAGUGAUUAGAUAAACACAAGCUUUUGUUUAUGGAAAUGGAAAGGAGCUCCCUUCUUCUAAGUGAAUCCAGUGUUAGAGAAGAGUUGGCUUGGCUUUGGUUUCGAUUGGAUGCAUCCCCUGUUAUAUGCAUCUUGUAGUGACUAGAUUGUGCAGUAAAGCGUUAUUUGCUUCUCUGUGCAGUAAAGCGUUAUUUGCUUCUCUGUUAUAUCCAGAGAGUUAUUUCUCAUUGGUCUUGAAAUGUACACUGCACUGCUCACAUUAUAGUAGAGAGUUAUUUGCUUCUUUGUUAUAUCCAGAGAGUUAUUUCUAAUUGAUCU